CAAUAAUUAAACCAAAACAAGAAAAGACACUCAAAGACCAUUUUUAUUUUUCGUUUGAUGUAAUAACUGUAAAUUGUAGGAUUGGCGGCAAUACACGCUUAUGUGAUAAGACAUCGGUUUCUAGCUUAUGUUUUUGUGUAAGAAAACUUGUGGGGUUUUCGGUUUCUGUAACCAAGUGACGACUCAUCUUCUUGGAGAUUUUCCUUGGUGAUUCCCUUAGAGUUUUGUCUUGGUUAAUGUUUUUAGCUAGUUAGGACUCAAAAUUCGCAUCUUUUCAAUGGUACUAGCAUAGCAAUUAUUGGGUUUUCAAAGUUCAACGGUAAAAAUAUACAUAUUCUUUAUACUGGUCAAGUUUGGAACUUGACAUUUAAUUAAGCUGAAUUCUUCUUGUUGAUAUAUGAAUCUUUAAAUAAAGAAGGGAGGAAACAACGUAUCAGAGAAAUCAGAGAUGGAAAGAUAAAAGAAAUAGAGUGUGAGUGAGGUGGAAUCAGAUUUAUGCUUGUGGGUUGUUUCUAUUUAGUGAAUUGUUUAGUGUAGAGUGCCUGUUGGCUAUGUCUCCUGGGCUGAUUCAUUGCCUCCGUACUCUGUGGGCUUUGCCGCCGAUUAAGGCAACAGCCAUUUCUUUGGCUUUCAAUUUAUAUAAGAGAUCCUUUUAGUUGAGAAACUACUCGAUCCCAUCUUCUUUAUAUCCCUUUUUAACUCUCUCUCUCUCUCUCUCUCUACCCUUCCUGCCUCGGUUGCUUUCAAGAUUUGCACAUACCUUACUUGGUACAUAUUGUUCACUACCCUUUCAGAUCCUUAUUGACUCUCACGUAGGCCAAGAAGUCUGUUACAAUUGAGGAACCUGGUCCCCACACCAGGAAUAUCCUUUCCAAUUCAGGAAAAAAUUCCUCGAGUUGGGUUAUGUAGAUGUUUCAUUGGGAAUGUGUGGUGGCGAGCGUAUAGCGCAAAGGUGUUUGAUUUAGGAGUGAUCAAUUGAGUGCGGGGAAGAAUAUUUCUUUUGAAGUGCUACAUUAUUUGGAUCUUCUUGUUUGGCAAGAUGAAGUUCAUGAAACUUGGAUCAAAGUCAGAUUCGUUUCAAACAGAUGGGAAUAGUAUUAGGUAUGUGGCUACCGAGUUGGCAACUGAUAUCACUGUUAACGUUGGGGAUAUAAAGUUUCAUUUGCAUAAGUUUCCUCUUCUGUCCAAAAGCGCUCAGUUGCAGAAGUUGGUCACAACUGCCAAUGGAGAAAACAGUGAUGAAGUUGACAUUUCUGAUAUUCCGGGUGGGCCUUCUGCCUUCGAGAUAUGUGCAAAAUUUUGUUAUGGCAUGACUGUAACAAUCAAUGCUUAUAAUGUUGUUGCUGCCCGAUGUGCGGCUGAGUACCUGGGAAUGCACGAGACUAUCGAAAAAGGGAACCUCAUUUACAAAAUUGAAGUCUUCCUUAGUUCUAGCAUUUUCCGCAGCUGGAAGGAUUCAAUCAUUGUUCUUCAGACCACAAGGUCACUUUUGCCAUUAUCCGAGGAACUGAAGGUGAUCAGCCAUUGCAUUGAUGCCAUAGCUGCCAAGGCCUGUGUUGAUGUUUCAAAAGUUGAGUGGUCCUAUUCAUACAACCGAAAAAAUCUCCCUGAGGAAAAUGGGACUGAAUCAAACUUGAAUGGUCUGAGAAACCGGUCAGUGCCAAAGGACUGGUGGGUUGAGGAUUUGUGUGAGCUUGAAAUUGGAUUAUAUAAGCGUGUUGUUAUUACGAUUAGGACCAAAGCCAUACUUUCUGAUGAGGUGAUUGGAGAAGCUUUGAAAGCUUAUGCUUACAGAAGGUUGCCAGGUUUCAGCAAGGGUAUGAUCCAGAGUGGACAAGCAGCAAAAUAUCGAUCAAUAGUUGAUACCAUUGUGUGGCUGUUGCCUGCUGAGCGAGGCAGCGUCUCCUGUAGUUUCUUGCUGAAGCUAUUAAAAGCAGCCAUAUAUGCUGACUUUGGUGAUACAACAAAAGGACAGCUGAUAAAGAAAAUAGGUCAUCAACUAGAGGAGGCUUCUGUAAAUGAUCUUUUGAUUCGUGCAGGGGAAGGAGAGACUAUGAUGUAUGAUGUUGAUUCAGUAAAGAAAAUGGUCGAAGAGUUUCUGAUGCGAGAUCAGAUUGCUGAGAUUGAGUCAGAAGAAGGCCAUGAGGUUCAGGAGAUGAGAAAACCUGGGAUUUUAUCUGAUGCUUCCAAGCUCAUGGUGGCAAAACUGAUAGAUGGAUAUCUAGCUGAGAUAGCAAAGGAUCCAAAUCUGCCCCUGUUGAAGUUUAUUGAACUUGCUGAGAUGGUAUCUGGUAUCUCUAGACCUGCUCAUGAUGCACUUUACAGGGCAGUUGACAUGUAUCUCAAGGAACACCCAGGGAUCAGCAAGAGUGAGAGGAAGAGGAUAUGCAAAUUGAUGGACUGCAAGAAGCUAUCAGUUGAUGCAUGCAUGCAUGCGAUGCAGAAUGACAGACUACCAUUGCGUGUAGUCGUGCAGGUACUCUUCUUCGAGCAGGUCAGGGUGGCUGCGUCAUCAGGCAGUAGCACUCCCGACCUUCCUAAAAGCAUCAGGGAUCUUAACAAUGGGUCUCAAAGGAGCUCAAGGUCAACCACUACCAACACUGAAGAAGAUUGGGAUGCUGUGGCCACUGCUGAGGAGCUCAAGGCUCUAAAGGAGGAGGUUGCUUCCUUGAGAUUGGCUAAUGGUAGAAAUGGUGUAGAUAAGGCUGCCAGUAACAAAUUGAAAGGGAUGCUUAAGUCGAAGAAGAUCUUUACUAAGCUCUGGUCAAGCAAAGGAGAAAAGGGUGAGAAGAGUGGCUCGGAUUCAUCAGAGAGUACUGGUUCUGCUAACAUGGAAGAAGCUAAAUCCACACCUUCCAGAAAUAGGAGGCAUUCAGUCUCUUAGUAGAGAAUUUAGUUAUUAUGCAGAGUAGUUUUCUUGACAUGUUUCUUUAUUGGCCUUUUACCUAUGUUAAUGACUCCAACAGCUUGAAAAGAGCGGUGUUUUAUCUUCUAAAAAGAGCAAAAUGAAGUGUAUACUUUGCAA